AUGGACGCCCUUAUUCCAUUCACAACGUCUGGGUCACUAGUGGACUUGGUUGACAAAAAAGUAUUAGUUGUCCUAAGAGAUGGUAGGAAGUUGAUAGGUGUUUUCAGAUCAUACGAUCAAUUUGCAAACUUCCUGUUAGAAUCAUGUAUUGAACGUAUACAUCAUCGGUUCGAUUAUGCAGAUAAGGAUAUCGGUGUUCUGUUAGUUAGAGGUGAGAACGUAGUUGCUUUAGGAGAAAUCGAUCUGAUAGCGGAAGAUAUGGUUCCUCUAAGAGAAGUCUCAUGGGCUGAGUUAGAACAGAAGAUCAACGAUGAGACUAAACGACGCGAAAGAGAUCACGCCAUAAAAGAUAAAGUGUUAGCUUCGAAGGGAUUCGUUAAUGAAGGUAGAGAAGGAGAUGCGUAUUAG